AUGCCAGAUGUGAACAAGAAAGGAUCUCUCAUGUGCAACUUCUGUGGUGGUGUUUACCAUGCUGGAAUAACUAGAAUCAAGUACCACCUUGGUAACAUUCCUAAAACUGGUGUUGCAAAAUGUAGAAAAGUUCCAGCAGAUGUGAAAAAUGAAAUUAUUGAAUUGUUGACCAAGAAGAUGGAUAUGAAGCAAAGGAAGGGUAAGGAGAAAGAAGAGGAUAGAGGUGUAGUUGAUUUGAGCCAUUCUGAAGGAGAUGAACAAAGUGAUGCAGAAGGCAAUUCAGUUAUUGUGUUGAAGAAGGUGACUAGCAAAGGUGCUUCUUCAGGUCCUAUGGAUAAGUUCUGUAAACUAACACCAGAAGAAGUAGUUGCUGCAAGAAAGGGGAACAAUGUUCUUGCUGAAAAGGUUCAAUCCAAGUUGUCAACUGAAAAAAGGGAAGAGAAGAGGGACAGAGCUUGUGAGUACAUCUGUCAGUUUUUUUAUGAGGCUAGCAUCCCACACAACGUUGUUACACUUCCAAGUUUUGAUCUCAUGCUUGAGGCUAUUGGAGACUUUGGCAGGAACUUGAGAGGGCCAACUCCAUAUGAGAUGAGUGGGAAAUUCUUGCAGAAAAGGAAGAGGAAAGUGCAAGACUUACUGAAGUCUCACAAAGAGUCUUGGGAGAUACAUGGAUGCUCAGUUAUGAUAGAUGCUUGGACAGAUAAGAGGGGUAGAGGUGUGAUGAACUUGGUUGUUCACAGUGCAUAUGGUGUUUGUUUUCUUGAUUCAGUGGAUUACUCAUAUGUGAAGAAAGAUGGCAGAUACAUUUUUGAGCUGGUUGAUAAAUGUAUUGAGGAAAUUGGGGUGCAAAAUGUAGUUCAAGUUGUGACUGAGAAUGCAAGACCAAAUGAGGCAACAACUAGUUUGUUGAAAGCAAAGCACCCCUCCAUUUUCUAG